AUGUCGAACUUUGUAUCUUCGCCUGCUCCAAUACCUUCAGAUGCUGCCCAUUUAUUAAACUCACAAGUAUCUUCUUCAUACAGCAGAGAUAUUUCGACCCCGGCACCGCCGUUGAUAUUUUCAGACAACAAUGGACCCACGCCGCUUCCUAUAGGUCCAAGAGCUGUAUCUGGUAGAAGAAGACACAUUACCGUGUCGAAAGUCGUCGAUGUCACCGGUGAAAAAGUACGGGAAAGUUUUGAAAAUUUCAUUGAGGAGUUUCGUGAUCGAGAAGAAGAGAAUAACCAGUGGGACGGGAAAAGCUACUUGGCUCAAAUCGAGUCAAUGAAGACUUAUGAGUACUCCACUUUAUACGUCAAUUAUCAAGACUUGUUAUCGAGGGAAAACGGGGUGUUGGCUACUGCAAUCUCGGAGCAGUAUUACCGUUUCUAUCCAUUCUUGCUCAACGGGCUAAAGCGAUUGUUGAAAAAAUACGCUCCCAGUUUACUUCAUACAAACUUGAUAGGCAAUGAAGGAGAAGACGAACCACAGGGAUUGGGCGGCUCUUCAACUUCUUCUUCGCCAACUGCAAAUGAACGUGUUUUCCAAAUCUCAUUCUUCAACAUGCCCACAGUGCAGAGAAUCAGGGAUAUAAAGUCAAACAAGAUUGGCUCAUUGAUGACAAUUUCGGGAACAGUUACGAGGACCUCGGAAGUGAGACCGGAAUUGUAUCGCGCUUGUUUCACCUGCGACAUGUGUUCUGCCAUGAUUGAAGGAAUCGAACAAAUUUUCAAAUACACCGAGCCAACUUCGUGUCCAUCGUGCGAGAAUCAAUCGUAUUUCACGCUCAAUAUUUCCAAGUCCCAGUUUAUUGAUUGGCAAAGGGUAAGAAUUCAGGAAAAUGCAAACGAAAUCCCCACGGGGUCGAUGCCGCGUACUUUGGAUGUAAUCUUGAGAGGCGAGACCGUGGAAAGAGCCAAACCUGGCGACAAGUGUAAAUUUACCGGAUGUGAGAUUGUCAUUCCCGAUGUCUCUCAGUUGGGAUUGCCUGGGGUUAAACCGCAGUCCAUCAAGGAGAACAGAGGCUCGGAAUUGAACUCGAGUAUCACGGGGUUGAAAUCUUUGGGAGUCAGAGACUUGACAUACAAGUUGGCAUUCAAUGCAUGUCAUGUGAGCUCGAUGGUAAACAAACCAGGAAGUGGUGGUGGUGGUGGCAAUGAAACAGGAACAGGGGCAGAAACAGGAGCCGACUCCAGCGACCAAGAGAUUUUCUUGAACUCACUAAGUGAAGCCGAUGUCAAUGAAUUGAAAGAAAUGGUCAAGGAUGACUACAUUUAUGACAAAUUAGUUCAGUCGAUAGCACCAGCAGUGUUUGGUCACGAGGUUAUCAAGAAGGGGAUUUUACUCCAGUUACUCGGCGGUGUCCACAAGCAAACUGUUGAUGGGAUCAACUUGCGUGGUGACAUCAACAUUUGUGUUGUUGGUGAUCCUUCAACUUCAAAGUCGCAAUUUUUAAAAUACGUCUGCGCUUUUAGUCCACGUGCAGUUUACACUUCGGGUAAGGCCUCCUCGGCUGCCGGUUUGACUGCUGCAGUUGUUAGAGAUGAAGAAAGUGGUGAGUACACCAUCGAGGCUGGUGCCUUGAUGUUGGCUGAUAAUGGAAUUUGUGCCAUUGACGAGUUUGACAAGAUGGACAUUGCCGACCAGGUGGCUAUCCACGAGGCCAUGGAACAACAGACUAUUUCCAUUGCCAAGGCUGGUAUUCAUGCCACUUUGAAUGCUCGUACUUCGAUUUUAGCAGCUGCAAACCCAAUAGGUGGCAGAUACAAUAGAAAAGUUGGAUUGAGGUCCAAUUUAAACAUGACGGCACCCAUCAUGUCCCGAUUUGACUUGUUUUUUGUCAUUUUGGACGACUGCAACGAAAGAGUUGACGCACAGUUGGCUUCGCAUAUUGUUGAUUUGCACAUGUUGAGAGACAAUGCCAUUAAUCCGCCAUAUUCAGCCGAGCAGUUGGCCAGGUAUAUCAAGUAUGCAAAGACGUUCAAGCCCAAGAUGACAAAAGAGGCUAGAGACUUUUUGGUGACGAGAUACAAGGAGUUGAGAGAGGACGAUGCGCAAGGUUUGGGCAAAUCGUCGUAUAGAAUCACCGUGAGACAGUUGGAGUCGAUGAUUAGAUUGUCGGAAGCAAUUGCUAGAGCUAAUUGCACCGAGGAGAUCACUCCAAGUUUUGUCGCCGAGGCGUAUGACUUGUUGAAACAGUCCAUCAUCAGAGUGGAAAUGGAUGAUAUUGAAAUGGAGGAGGACGAAGUUGCUGAACCCGUGGAUGAAGCACCAGAAAAAGAGCACGAGGAGGAUGAUCUUGUUCAUCGAGAUGCUUCUGCCCAAGCUGUUGCUGCUACCGCAACUGCUCCGCGAAAAGCCGAACCAACAACAAUCACUUAUGACAAAUACGUCUCAAUCAUGAACUUUUUGGUGAAAAAGAUAUCAGAAGACGACAAAAAGGGAGGCGAUGGGUUGACUGCAGAUGAGUUAGUUGAGUGGUAUCUUUUGCAACGAGAAGACGACUUGUCGAGUGAAGCCGAGUAUAUGCUGGAAAGAAAGACAGCUUACAAAGUGUUGAGACGGUUGGUCAAGGACAAGAUCUUGAUGAGUGUUUCCAACACCGAGUCCGAUACCAUUCCCGAUGGAAGCGCAGUUUCAAGCAGGACGGUCUACAUCAUUCAUCCAAACUGUGCAAUCUUGGAUUUCUUUGAAAGGGAGAAUGUUUCUGAAUCCAGCUGA